CUUGUGGUUCUAGGAGAUUACUGCUUAUCGAAUCAUUGCUUACUUUUUACUUUGUAUAUUUAUAAAUUAAAGUAAAACACAAUGUCUUUUACUAUAAUGCAAAAGUUAUCACUGCUUAGCUUGAAAGCGGAUCAACCCUUAAUAACAACCAUACGUAACGCCAGCAAAAAGACCGGGGGCAGUACUCGUAAUAAAAAAGGACACCCCAGGCCAAAACAUCGAGGUUGGCGUGUCCAAGACGGACAUUGGGUUUCUCAGGGCACUUUACUCGCAACACAAUUAACAACUCGUUUUCAUCCAGGGAUGAACGUUGGUUUUGGUAGAAAUGGAACGCUCUACGCAAUGGAGCACGGUCGAGUAUACGUUACAUGUGAGCAGUUGGAUCCGAAUUGGGAUCACACUUGGGUGCAAAGAAACUACGCUGGCCGCGAGGGACAAACGAUAUAUAAGAAGUUUUUCAAUGUUAUUCCAGAACCUCAACACCAACGCUUUCGGUUAAUUGAUGAAGUUUAAAGAUUUUGUUAAAUAUGUCGUAUUAAUAUCAUAAUAAAAAAAAACUAUAGAAACAAAUUAAGAUAAAA